AUGUACAACACCGAAUUCGGGCGGCGGCUGCGUAGCCAAAGCUCAGGUGGCUCGGCGCCUUCGUCUUCGAAACGGGAGAGCAGAACAACGGACGCUCUGCUCGGAUCCACCUCCGACAGACUUAUCGCAGGCUCUGCAUCUAGCAUUAUUAGCCCACCCCUCUCGAUACCAGGCUCGUCUAGAGACGUCGCACGGAAAUCGAGUGCGCAUCGAUCUUCCAGCUUGACAAACAUUGCAGCCACGUCGCGUGGCGAAUCAUCACGCUCCGUCAUGUCGGCUUCGUCGAGCAUCAAGUCAUCCUCGCCAUCCAAGAAGCUUCUUGCCAGCAGCUACGUCGACCGAUUCAUCCCACAAAGGGACGGCACAGACUUGCACACUGCAUACCAAUUGAUAGGCGACGAACCAACAACUCCACAUCGCCACAAGCGCAAAGUUGCCGUCGACACGGACGCGCAAAAGGAAGAGGCGAACCAGGCCUUCUCGUCGCUGCUCUCAUCCGAGCUGUUCGGGGCCGAUGCGGGCCUGAGCACAUCUCCCAGCCGAGGCCAGCGUGCCAACGGCUUCUCCAACUUUGCAUCCAGCUCCUCUUCCUCGGUACAUACCAGCGGCGGCUCGUCUGCGACACGCCAUUCCAGUCACACCGGCCAUGCAUCUCCUGCGACACCAACAAAGAGGAACCUCUUCAGCUACAGUCCAUCGCAUAGCCGCACACCCGGUCGCAGCGGCUCGGGCAUGGGAAGAGUGGUCGACUUUGGCAUCACCGACGACGAGCUAGGCGCCGGCACAUCUCGCACCGGCGGUCUCUUUGGUGGCCUGGCAUCCCAUUCGGUCGAGUCGCUCGACUCUCCUAAUCACCGUGCGUACAGCCUGUCGCCAGUCAAGCCCGAAAGCCGAAGCCUGUUGCUCAGCCCUCGCAAACCUGCGCGCGUACUCAGCAAAGUGCCAUAUAAGGUGCUCGACGCACCGGACCUGGCCAACGACUUCUACCUCAACCUCGUCGAUUGGUCUAGCAAGAAUGUGCUCGGAGUGGGGCUGGGCACGUGUGUAUACCUGUGGUCUGCUGCCAACUCGUCCGUCACGAAAUUGUGCGACCUCAAAGAACACGGCAACGACGUUGUGACAGGCAUCAAUUGGGCCGACUCGGGCAAUCACUUGGCGAUCGGCACGCAAAAGGGCUUGGUGCAGAUCUGGGACGUGGAGAAUCAGAAGCUGCUGCGCACCAUGCGUGGGCACACGCAGCGCGUCGGUUCGCUGGCUUGGAACGAGGUGAUCUUGACCUCGGGUUCGCGUGACAGGGUCAUCUACCAUCGCGAUGUGCGCGCGCCUGACCAGCACAUCCGCACACUACGUGCGCAUCGACAGGAAAUUUGCGGUCUCAAGUGGAACACGGAGACGAACCAGCUGGCGAGCGGUGGCAACGAUAACCGGCUCAUCGUCUGGGACGCGCUCAACGAGGCGCCGCUACAUCGGUUCACGGAACACACGGCUGCUGUCAAAGCGAUCGCCUGGAACCCGCAUCAGCAGGGCAUCCUCGCAUCGGGAGGAGGAACGGUGGAUAUGAAGAUCCGAUUCUGGAACGCGAGCACAGGUCAGAUGCUCAACGAGGUGGAUACGGGCAGCCAGGUGUGCAACCUCAUGUGGAGCAAGACGGCCAACGAGCUGAUCAGCACGCACGGAUACUCGGGUGGAGCCAUUCAGAACCAGAUCCAGGUGUGGAAGUAUCCGUCGAUGCAGCAGAUCGCCACCUUGACGGGCCAUACGAUGCGAGUGCUCUACCUCUCGAUGAACCCGACCGGCGACACGAUUGUGACGGGAGCGGGCGACGAGACGCUGCGAUUUUGGGAUCUCAACACUUCGCACAGGACGCAGAACGACAAGCGACGAGAAGCGAAUGCCUUCAAUCCAUUCGCCAAGCUGCGAUGA